AUGAUUGGUCAGACCAGCGUUGGUUUGAAACGACUACCUUCAAAGACGUUUGGUUUUUGUAGACACGAAAUACGCAGAAGCCAUACUAUUGAGACUCCCAGCCCUUUACACGGUAUCAAGAUCUUAGAUCUGACCCGAGUAUUAGCGGGCCCCUUCUGCACGCAGAUUCUUGCAGAUUAUGGCGCCGAUGUCUUGAAGAUUGAAAAUCCUAGAGGUGGAGAUGACACUCGGCUGUGGCGUACAGAAGCAGAAAAGAAAAUAUGGAAAUCAGAUCAAAAUGAUAUUUCGGCUUAUUUUUGUACCAUCAAUCGGAAUAAGCGGUCCAUUACUUUGAACCUGAAGCAAGAAGAAGGACGAGAUAUCCUGCUACGACUCGUUAAGAGCGCAGAUGUUGUUGUGGACAACUUUAUACCGGGAAAGAUGGAGGAGCUUGGAAUCGGAUAUAAGACACUUUCUGGCAUCAACCCGUCAAUCAUUCACGCCAGCGUUUCUGGUUACGGUGCAAAUGGCCCAUACGCUCAUCGUGCAGGCUAUGACGCUAUUGCAGCAGCCGAGGCGGGCUUGCUCCAUAUUACAGGCGAGAGAGAUGGUCCCCCGAUACGACCUGGUCUGGGCCUCACAGAUAUGAGUACUGGACUAUUUCUGCAUGGAGCCAUUCUUGCGGCUCUAUUCUCCCGCCAGAAAACUGGAAGGGGUCAAAAGAUCGAUGCGUCACUAUUCGAAAGCCAGGUUGCGCUAUUAUCGAAUGUCGCGAUGUCAUGGCUCAAUGCAGGGGAAAUUGCUCAUCGGUGGGGAACUGCGCAUCCCAGUAUAGUACCUUACCAGGCAUUCAAGACCAAGGAUUCCUAUCUGGUACUUGGAGCGACCAACAACCGACAGUUUCAGUUGCUCUGCAAAUUGAUUGACCGAUUGGACUUGGCGAAAGACCCUUGUUUUGCAGAUAACAGUGCUCGUGUGAAAAAUCGGAAGAAAAUGGGCGAAAUUCUCGACAAAAUCUUGUUGAGCAAGUCCACCGAUGAAUGGAUGGCUACGUUAGAAGGGAGUGGAAUGCCAUAUGGUCCGAUAAACUCCAUCGACCGUGUUUUCUCCCAUCCUCAAACAGCGGCAAGGCAUAUGGUGCAGAGUCUACCUUUCAAGCCUGCUGUCUGUGGAGAACUAAAAGUUCUUGGUAACCCCGUUAAGUUUAGUGAAACUACUCCUUCCAUCCGCCUAGCACCACCUCGCUUAGGCGAACAUACGGAGAAAACACUCGAAGAACUGGGAUUCUCGAAAGGAGAGGUGGAAAAAAUGAUGCAAAAGGGCAUCUUGUGA